AACUCCAGUUCAUAGAAUUUGAUUAUUUUCUCAAAUCAAAUGGGUUUCGGUGAUGUAUUGAUAAAUAAGAGUGCCCUGCACUGAACUUCUUUACUGAAAGACAAUGGUGAUGAAAAUCAAGUGGUUGUAUUGACAAAGAGGGCUCGUCAUGGGGAAUUUCCUUGGAGGUUUUGUAUUGCCUCUGCUGCUUUUAACAGCUGCUCUACUCAAUUGGAGUUUGAUUUCUCUAGUUGAUUUGUUGGCAUUUCUUGUCAUUCAAUUUAGUGCUCCAAAAACAGGAUUUCAUAUUCGGAGGCAAUCCGGUGUGCCAUGGUUUAUUAUUUUCUUCUCCAUACUGGCCAGUCUCCCACAAGUGAUAUUCUAUAUCAUUUGGGCUGUUGAGGGUGAUGAAUGGAGUGUAAUAGAUUCUUGGUGGGCAAAGUUACUCGGAUAUGUGAGAGUCCAGCCCUCGAGAUCUUCACCUGCCAUUUCUUUCUUGGUCGCUCAGUUAUUAACAGCUGUUGUUGCUCUAUUUGAAAUCUGUGGGAGUAGGUUUUUACUGAUUCCAUGGCAAGACUCCUCUUGGGGCCGUUUCUUAUCAUGCAUGGAACGUUUAGGUACCCAUCUUGGAGUUGCUUGCUGCUUAAUAUUGCCUGCUAUUCAGUUGGUUGUGGGGAUAAGUCGUCCUUCCUGGGCUUCUCUACCAUAUUUUAUUUGCAGCUGUGUUGGACUUGUUGAUUGGUCUCUAACAAGCAAUUUCCUGGGCCUUUACAGGUGGUGGAGGCCUCUUCUAUUGUAUGCUGGCUUCAACAUUGCCCUGCUUUAUUUGUAUCAGCUCCCUAUUGUGUUCCCAAAGAUGCUCCAAAUGGUAGCAGACUUCAUUGGGUUCUAUAAAAUAUCUUCCAUCUCGGAGUGGACAGAAAUCUGUUCUGGUCUUUCUCUUCUAGUUUUCUACUACAUGCUAUCCUCUGUGAAAUGCGAUUUAGAGGAAAUGGAUAUUAUUAUGUCCAUGAGAGAAAGCAACUUGACCGAGCACCUUCUUCCUUCAAGACAUUCAUUUUUCAUUCGUGAAUCGAGAUCUGGUGUAAGGCACACCAAUGUUUUAUUGAGGGGAUCUGUUUUUCGGACUUUUAGCAUCAACUUUUUCACAUAUGGUUUCCCGGUCUCCUUGCUUGCUCUCUCAUUUUGGAGUUUCCAUUUUGCAAGUUUAUGUGCAUUCGGAUUACUUGCCUAUGUUGGCUACGUUCUCUAUACAUUCCCUUCCCUCUUCCACUUGCACCGGUUAAACGGGUUGCUUCUUGUCUUCAUACUCUUGUGGGCUGCCAGCACAUAUGUUUUCAAUGUGGCAUUUGCUUUCCUCAAUAAGAAGUCUAGAGACAUGGAGAUCUGGGAAACUGUCGGGUUGUGGCAUUACCCUAUUCCUGGAUUCUUUUUACUUGCACAAUUUUGUCUCGGAAUUCUUGUUGCCAUGGGUAAUCUUGUCAGUAAUUCUGUUUUGCUGUACUUGUCUGAUGCUGAUGGGCAGUCCUUGAAUGAUGAUCAUACUGUAGAAGAGAAGGAAGAGACAAAAGUAUUGAUGGUUGCUACAAUAGCGUGGGGUCUGCGCAGAAGUUCUCGAGCUAUUACACUCGCACUGAUAUUUCUUAUUGCCAUGAAGCCUGGCUUCAUCCAUGCCAUAUAUAUGGUAUUCUUUUUGGUGUACCUAUUGAACCAUACUGUGAGCCGAGAAGUACGUCAAUCCCUAAUUGUUCUAUGUGAAGCGCACUUUGCACUAUUGUACAUCCUUCAGCUUAAUCUGAUCUCCAAUGCUUUGGAACAAAAGGGUUCUUACACCAUGGAAGUACUGUCACAGUUAGGUCUGCUGGACCAUGCUAGUUCCUGGGAUUUCUUGGAAAUAGCUGUACUUGGGUGUUUCUGUGUAGUUCAUAACCAUGGGUUUGAACUGCUAUUUUCAUUCUCUGCAAUGGUGCAGCACACUCCCUGCCCUCCCUUUGGAUUUAGCAUCUUGAGAGCUGGUUUGAAUAAAUCUGUCCUACUGUCAGUUUGUGCUUCCUCAAUUGCUGAAGAAUGCCAGUCUGGUAAUCCUUCUCAUGAGAAAAGGAUAGCAAUGUAUCUUAGUGCAAUAGGGCGGAAAUUUCUGUCUACAUAUCGGUCAUGUGGAACCUACAUUGUAUUCCUCACCAUUCUCAUUGUAGUAUAUCUGGUGACACCUAAUUAUAUUUCUUUUGGGUACCUUUUCUUCCUUCUAUUCUGGAUCAUUGGGAGACAACUUGUCGAGAAGAUGAGAAAGCGCCUAUGGUUUCCCCUAAAAAUUUAUGCACUUGUAGUGUUUAUCUUCAUUUAUAGCUUGAGCAUUUUCUCCAGCUUUGAGAUGUGGUUGUCUAGAAUAAUUAAUCUUUAUCCUGACUUGGGCUAUAACCCGAAAGCCUCAUUGGUGGAGAAUGUUUGGGAAUCCCUGGCUGUUUUAAUUGUCGUGCAACUGUAUAGCUAUGAAAGGAGACAGAGCAGGUACAAUGGAUUAGAUGAUCCCCAUCAAUUGGAACAUGGAGCCCUCAGUUUUUUCAAAAGAUUGUCAAUUUGGCACAGUGAUAAGAUCUUAUAUCUUUCCUUGUUCUAUGCAUCAUUAUCUCCUAUCAGUGCAUUUGGAUUUCUGUAUCUUCUUGGCCCGGUCACCUGUUCAACAUUACCCAAAGGUUCUAGAGUUCCAUCCAAGUUGUUUUUAAUUUACACAGGAAUCUUGGUAUUAACUGAGUAUCUUUUCCAGAUGUGGGGUAAACUGGCUGAGAUGUUUCCUGGUCAAAGGCACUCUGCUUUGUCCCUUUUUCUGGGUUUUCAGCUAUUUAAGCCUGGAUUUUGGGGUCUGGAAUCAGGAUUGAGAGGGAAAGUUCUUGUGAUAAUUGCUUGUACCCUUCAGUAUAAUGUCUUCCGUUGGUUGGAAAGGAUGCCUAAUACUCUUGUAAAUAUAGGAAAAUGGGAAGAGCCUUGUCCACUUUUUGUCUCAAAUGAAGACAAGCCAACUGAUAUUUCUGUUUAUACUGAGGAAAGUAGGCCAUCUCCAAAAAAAAGGGCCGCAACAAGCAAUUCAUGGCCAUCUUUGAGCUCUGGUAUGCAUCAAGGACCUGCUCCUGUGUCCUCUGAAACAGAACCAGAAGGUAGUGGCACCAGAAAAUAUUCCUUUGAGUAUAUCUGGGGAAGUUCUAGAGAAAGUAAUAAGUGGAAUAAGAAGCGGAUUCUUGCCUUGAGAAAGGAGAGGUUUGACAUGCAGAAGGCUACCUUAAAAAUCUAUUUGAAGUUUUGGGUAGAGAACUUAUUCAACCUCCUUGGCCUUGAGAUUAUCAUGAUUGCUUUGCUUCUUGUGAGCUUUGCUGUACUAAAUGCCAUCUCUAUAUUAUAUAUUGUGUGCCUUGCAGCCUGUGUCCUUUUGGACAGGCGUGUUAUCCGUAAAUUGUGGCCCAUCUUUGUUUUCUCAUUUGCUACUGUUCUGACUCUUGAGUACUUGGUUAUAUGGAAGAAUCUGGUGCCGUGGAAGCAUCAUAUUCCGAGUGAGACAAAAAUGCGUUGUCAUGACUGCUGGCUCUGCUGGAGAAGUUCGAAUAUUUAUUUCAACUAUUGCAAAAACUGUUGGUUAGGUUUUAUUGUUGAUGAUCCUCGAAUGCUUAUCAGCUAUUAUGUGGUUUUCAUGCUUGCAUGUUUCAAACUCCGUUCUGAUAAGUUAGCUGGCUUCUCCGGUUCACAGACAUACCAUCAAAUGAUAUCUCAGCGUAAGAAUGCAUCAGUUUGGAGGGAUCUCUCAUUCGAAACUAAAAGCCUGUGGACAUUGCUAGACUAUCUGAGGCUUUACUGCUAUUGCCAUUUAUUGGAUCUUGUUCUUGCUUUAAUUCUAAUAACUGGAACUCUUGAGUAUGACAUUCUGCACCUUGGUUACCUUGGUUUUGCUCUUGUAUUUUUUCGAAUGAGACUUGAGAUACUGAAGAAGAAGAAUAAAAUCUUCAAGUUCUUGCGAAUGUACAAUUUUGCUCUUAUUGUUCUUUCUCUAGCAUAUCAAUCUCCUUUUCUGGGAGACUUUAGUGCUCGGAAGUGUGAAUAUGAGGUCAUUGGAUUUUACAAAUAUGACUAUGGGUUUCGGAUAACUUCAAGAUCUGCACUAGUUGAGAUUGUCAUUUUUAUGCUGGUAUCUCUGCAAUCGUACAUGUUUUCUUCUCAGGAAUUUGAUUAUGUAUCAAGAUACCUUGAAGCAGAGCAGAUUGAGGCCUUAGUCCAUGAACAAGAGAAGAAAGCAGCAUGGAAGACAGCACAGUUGCUGCAUAUUCGUAAGUGUGAGGAACAAAAACACCAGCGCAACUUGCAAGUGGAGAAGAUGAAGUCUGAGAUGCUCAACCUACAAAUCCAGCUUCACAGCAUGAACUCCACAGCAAAGUAUGAUAAUCCUUAUCCUGAAAGUGAAGGCCUCAGAAGAAGGAGAACUUCUUCUCUAAGCUCAAAUAGAGGGACUGCAACCCCAGAUAAUGAAGAAAAUAUUAUCAGGAGGCAGGAUCUGAAUUACAGCACAGACUCAUUAUUCCAUUUUGAAAUGCAUGAUUCUCCUACAAGUAUAAAAACUGAAAGUUCUAGAGCGGCUGAGUUUGCUCAGAAUUCAAUGGAUGAAAUUACUGAACUUGAAGAAAAGGGUGCUAAUAGUGCAUUUUUGGAGUCAGGCAGAAGAGAGAAGGGAAAAGGCCAAGCAAAGGGCAACCCAUUAAAAUCUGCAGUUCAUCUCAUUGGUAAUGGUGUUUCUCGAGUACAAUCAUUCGGAAAUCAAGCAGUGACCAACCUUGUGAGCUUCUUGAACAUAGCCGAAGAAGAUUCAGAUUCUAAUGAUUACUACUCCUCUGCAGAGGAUGGUCUGUAUGAUGAGAUAGAGAGCCAGAAUGUAAGGUAUGAGCGUUUGGAUCGAACAACUUCCCUACAAUCUGGAAGUGAGAAGACCAUAUCUGAAGAUGCUAGCCUGCAAAUAGGAAGAAUCUUCCGUUACGUAUGGUCACAGAUUCGUUCUAAUAAUGAUUUUGUAUGUUACUGUUGCUUUUUUCUUGGCUUCCUAUGGAACUUCAGUUUGCUUUCAAUGGUCUACCUUGCAGCUAUUUUCUUAUAUGCCCUAUGUGUAAAUACUGGCCCAAGUUAUAUUUUUUGGGUUAUUAUGCUAAUAUACACAGAAGUCUAUAUCUUGCUUCAAUACCUGUAUCAAAUCAUCAUCCAACACUGUGGGUUGACCAUCCAGUGGAGCCUGCUGCAGGAAUUAGGAUUUCCAGCUCAUAAAAUCACUUCGUCUUUUGUUGUUAGCACUUGGCCUCUCUUUUUGGUAUAUUUAUUUACCCUUCUGCAGAGUUCAAUAACUGCAAAAGAUGGUGAAUGGAUGUCAGUUACAGAACUGAAAUCUUUUAAGAGGAGAGUUCUUUACCAGGAAGAGGUUCCUGUGUGUUCUGGUUGGAACGGUAGAGUUCAGCGGGUGCUUUUACCAGCACAAAAUGUUAUAAGAAUGAUCAUAAGAAUCUUAUGUAGAUAUUGGAAAUCACUGACACAAGGAGCAGAAUCUCCUCCUUAUUUUGUGCAACUUUCAAUGGAAAUUAAAUUGUGGCCAGAGGAUGGGAUUCAGCCAGAGAGGGUUGAAUCAGGAGUAAACAAGUUACUUAAGAAUGUUCAUGAUGAGAGAUGCAAGGAAAAGAACCCUGAUUCUCGCCAUUCUGCAAGCAGGGUUCGUGUUCAAAGCAUUGAAAGAAGCCAAGAAAACCCAGAUGUGGCCCUGGCUGUUUUUGAGGUGGUAUAUGCUUCCCCUUUGACAGACUGCCCCCCGAAGGAGUGGUAUAAGUCUCUAACUCCUGUAGCUGAUGUAGCAAAGGAAAUUCUUACAGCUCAGCAUCUAGGUCUUGUUGAGGAGACAGGAUUUCCUUACCCUAUACUCUCUGUGAUUGGUGGUGGAAAAAGAGAGAUUGAUCUUUAUGCCUACAUAUUUGGUGCAGAUUUGAUGGUCUUCUUUUUGGUUGCCAUUUUCUAUCAAUCUGUCAUAAAAAAUAACAGCCAAUUUCUUGAGGUGUAUCAGCUUGAGGAUCAAUUCCCAAAAGAGUUUGUAUUUAUCUUAAUGAUUCUAUUUUUCUUGACUGUGCUUGACCGCAUUAUUUACCUCUGUUCAUUUGCCACGGGAAAAGUUCUAUUCUAUCUUUCCAACUUCUUCCUCUUUACUUACUCGGUCACACAGUAUGCUUGGUACAUGGAGUCUUCACGCCUACGUGCCGGAGGACUAGCACUUCGUGCUAUCUAUCUCACAAAGGCAGUUUCUCUGGCACUACAGGCCAUACAAAUCCGAUAUGGAAUUCCUCAUAAAAGCACUUUAUAUCGGCAGUUCUUGACAAGCAAAGUUUCGCAGGUUUAUUACUUCGGCUUUCGACUUUACCGUGCGCUGCCUUUCUUAUAUGAGUUGCGAUGUGUACUUGACUGGUCAUGCACGAUCACAUCUCUGACAAUGUAUGACUGGCUGAAGUUGGAGGAUAUUCAUUCAAGCUUGUAUCUUGUCAAAUGUGAUGCGGAUCUGAAUAGAGCUAGACAUCAGCAAGGACAGAAACAAACAAAAAUGACCAAAUUUUGCAAUGGGAUAUGUCUCUUCUUCAUAUUAAUAUGUGUUAUCUGGGCACCUAUGCUGGUAAGGAACUUUAGAGCAUAAUGUUCUGAUUUAGUU